AUGGAGUCAACAUUUCUAGCUUUUGUCAUAGCAUUCGCCUGUUUCGCGCUUAUCAUACCAAUUUACCUCCUCAUCCUGGCGGUUCUAUCGCUUCUCCCAGGGUCUAAUCAUGACGAUGAAUUGGAGUCCGGCGCGUUGUUCCCUGACGCUGAGCCAGAUUGUAACGACAAAAGUGUUGUUAUCGUGACAUUUUUAGUCGUUCUACUAUGCGGCUCUCUCAUAGCGGGAAUGGUGCUUAGUAACGAACAAUCCCGGAUGGCGGCCACAGAUAGUCGAAACGUAGUCAGCUGCGCGUGCUCCGAUAUAGCGGCGUGGCUUUCCGCUGCUGCGCGCGAGUUGCAUCAGGGCCUUGUCCCGCCCAUUGACAUGGUCUUGUACGCAUAUAAGAAUGAUCUAAAGAAUGUAGAUACACUUUUGGGAGAUCCGAUACAACAAGCUAUAGCUUCGGAAAGCGGCAUCGACUUUGUCCUAGACUCUUUGAUGGAUAUUGUUAUAGAGAGCAAGGAUAUAUCCUUAAAGAUAACAUCACUACGUAACUAUACUAUGAAAGCGAGGACUCUGGCCGCGGUCGCUUCUGACAGGAUCCAAGAGCUAAGACGACAGAUAGACAACCUGAAGAAGCUUUGUUCAAGUAAAGAUGCACCACUUUGCGACACCAUUAAUACGAAUACUCUGAAACUACAGAUGCAGUUUGAUUCGAUACUCCAAGAACCACAAUUGUUGGAGCUAAGAUCCCUCGGCGUGGAAAACUUAACUCAAGCAAUAUCACAGGCGAGACAGGAGUUCCAAACUUUACCUUCCGCAAUCCUCGAGCAGACGGAAACUGUAAGAGAUGAUGUAAUUCGAGAUAUAGAAAUCCGUCGACAAAUGGUCCACAACUCGGCUAGGGUGUUGAAGAACAUAGUUCGUCACUUGACCUCAGGGUUGCGUAGUUUGGCCCACAAAUUGGAAGGUGGCUUGGAGCGACUUGAGAAGUAUGACUUCUGGAGGUGGAUCCUUAUGUUAGCAUGUACCAUAGCUUUCGCUUUUGUUAUGAUUCUAAUAUUUCUCGCUUUGCUUUGUGGUUGUGGAAAUGCGAAAAUUCACGCAAAGAGAACCUUACAAGUAUCGUCCCUAUGGUUGUGUCUAGUCUCUAUAAUUUUAUGGUGCGUGAUAUCCGCAACUUUUCUCAUCGCAGGACACGCUGAGGUGUUCAUAUGUCAUGCGUUAUGGGACUCCCCGCAGUAUAGUACUCUCUCCUCUCUCUUGGACCGACCUUCGCCUCUUUUACAACAUAAUGAGGGUAUUUUCGAUGUGUUACUACGUGAACUAGAAAAUGUGACGAUUGAGGUCUCCGUCAGGGAUGUAUUGAGAGAUUGUGAAAAGAACCGUCCGGCAUACGUCGUAUUUCAAUUGGACAAAAUGUUGGACGUCAAUAAGGAGACAUCGUACUUUGAAUGGGAGGAACUUCAGGCGGACCUGGACAGACUCUCAUCAGCUAUAGACGUGGGGUUCCUAAAAACUAUUUCGUUUCAUUUUAAUCGGCUAUUACACGAUAUACUGGAUAUAUCGGAUGUUAAUAUGACCAAAUAUAGGUUAGAAUACGAUGGCCCAGUAGUAGGGAAGGAUCUACCCUCCCUAAUGGACCAGCUGGAAAACGUCGCAGCGCAGGUCACUGACCUAUCAACGGCGGGAAGAUUGGAAACCUUAGCUGCAAGUGGUACGAAUGUCAGCAAACACAAAGCUUUACUUUCAGCUUCAAGAACCCAAAAAUUACACUCGACGAAUAUAAAACCACUGGAACAGCUGCGAGCGAAUUUAGUCUUUAGACUGACGGAAUUAGAGCUACAAUUGAUUCCGUUUAGAAGAAAAUUAAAUAUUUCUUUAAGUCACAUCCAUACUGCGCAGUUUUAUAUCAACAACCAAGGACAUAUAAUAGCUCAGAAGAAAGUGUCUACAUUUGUGUCUCGGCUAGUGUCGCACACUGCUGGCUGGCGGACACACGUGUUGACAUCUGCUGGGAAACACGCGGGGAAAUGCCGCCCGCUUUUCACCGUCUACUCAGCUAUACGUUCAUUGUUUUGUACGAAAUACGUCGCUUCUUUGCACGGUUGGUGGUUCUGUGGAGUGCUGUUAGGUAUAUUCUGGUGCACCACACUGACCCCUCUCUGCGUAAAACUAUGGAGAUCGUUUGGCAAAAAGAUCAGAGCGUUAGAAACUUUAAACCUCACAAACUUAAGCCAACAAGGAACACCAGCUACUGCAGUUUGCGAAGACAACAGUUGGAGUGCUCCACCUGGGUACGUAUUGAAAAAAUGGACUACAUUACCCAUUAUUCUUCCAUUAGAAUAG